AUGUUCACCGAGAUAUUAUGUCUUCUUGCUUUAUCCCUCCCAGUGCAGGGACGGAUUGACCGGCAUCGAAUCGUCUCCAGAUACAACGUCGGCCGAUCAAGUCUCAUUGACCAGGAUACUACACCACUCCAAGUUGGAAAUGGCAAUUUUGCAUUCAAUGUUGAUAAUACGGGGAUGCAGUCAUUUCUGCCGUUCAAUACGCUCUCUAGUUGGGCAUGGCAUAAUGAUUCAUUGCCAAAAAAUGGCGAGGACCCUGGUGAUUAUCACGGAGUAGGGAGAUUGACCCACGGCAGGAACGUCUCCUACGAUAUCCCUGAUCCGAAUCUCCCGCAAGCCUCGCAAUGGCUGAUUUCAAAUCCCAAUCGCAUCAAUCUGGGCCGUAUCGGCCUCCAGUACAAGGGUGCUAACCUGUCGGUGUCGGAUAUCACAGAUCCAAACCAGACGCUGGAUCUGUGGGAUGGAGUCAUCACGUCAACAUUCAAGAUCAACAACGAGAAAGUCAAAGUGGUGACGCAGGGCGACUUCGAAUCCGACGCGGUUACUUUCCAGAUCGAGUCAAAGCUAGUGGCCUCAGGGGAUCUCUCUGUCGUGUUAAAUUUCCCAUAUCCUCCAAUUCAUACCACCGAGUAUAAGUAUGAGGUGUUUGUUGGUGUUGAAGAUUUUGCCGCAAACCAUACCACGACCAUCGAGGACGAGCCCAAAAAGAGCACAGCCCAUAUUUAUCAUGAAUUGCAAGAAACAAACUAUUUUCUCAACCUGCGAUGGCCGUCCAGCUCUCCUCUCCGACUGUCGCGAUCAAACAAUACAACUCCGACAGCGAGGCAUCGUUACUCACUCAUUUCCACCUCAUCGUCGUCCACGCUGGAAUUCACCGCCCAUUUCUCCCCAGCUAAGCAAGUGCCAAAUUUGCCAUCUUCAAUCAAGCGACAGAAUUCAGCGGGCUGGAACAAAUAUUGGAAAGAGGGCGGUUUUGUCGAUUUGACCUCUUCGUCGAAUCCCAAAGCAGACGAGCUUCAGCGCCGGAUUAUCCUAUCUCAAUACCAUGUCCGAGUGAACAGUGCGGCCAAGGGUCAAUCUCCGCAGGAGAGUGGACUCAUGAAUAAUGGGUGGUAUGGGAAGUUCCACAUGGAAAUGGUGGUCUGGCACAAUGCCCACUGGGCCACAUGGGGACGUCAGAAGUAUUUCGACGAUAUCUUCCCCGCUCUUUACGAGACGCUGUUGCCGUCUUCAAUAGCAAGGGCAAAAGCGAUGGGAUGGGAUGGGGCGAGAUGGCCGAAGAUGACAGAGCUCAACACCGGAGUCAGUUCUCCGGGCGGCAUCAAUGGACUUCUUUUGUGGCAGCAACCUCAUCCUAUGUUCCUGGCGGAACUAGCUUAUCAGGCCUCUCCAACGCAAGACUCCCUGCGGAAAUGGGAUAAAAUCUUGUCAGCCACCGCCGAUUACAUGGCCUCAUACGCUUGGAAGAAUGAAUCCUCGGGAUAUUAUGAUCUAGGACCACCAUCGUACGGAGUCACCGAGAACACACCACCCUCUGAGACUCUCAACCUAGCCUACGAGCUCGCAUACUGGCACUAUGGCCUCUCCGUUGCCCUCAAAUGGAAAUCCCGCCUCAACCAGCCCUUCCCUAACAAAUGGACCCAAGUAUCUAAGAACCUCGCUCCCCUCCCACAAGUAGACGGCCUAUACGCCGUCUACCAAGGUCUCAACAGCUCGUGGUGGAACGACACCUCCUUGACGGGCGACCCUCGAAGCCUCAUCAUGCUCCAGGGUAUCCUUCCAGACACACCAGCCGUGGAUCCCAAAACAGCUUUGAGAACCGCCGACAAGGUACGAGAAGUCUGGACGGACGAUAAGAUUCGAGGAUGGGGAAGACCCGUGCUGGCGAUUAAUUCGGCGAGGAUUGGGAAUCCCGAAAGAGCGAUUUAUCAUCUCACGGCGUAUGAGUAUUGGAAGUUUGAUGAUGCUGGAUUUGCGGUCCGUGGAGGUGAUGGAGGCACUCCUCCUCCAUUUAUUCCCGGAAAUGCAGGCUUCCUGUACGCAGUGGCAUAUAUGGUUGCUGGCUGGAACGGGUCUCACGGCCAUGCGCCUGGGUUUCCUAAAGACGGAAGUUGGACCGUGAAGUAUGAGGGGUUGCGCAAAGCACUAUAGGAUCCGAGGUCAAGCAACACAAAGAGUAAUAUACAUUCUUUCAUAUCCUCUAAUGGAGUGACAUCUCGCUCAUCGUUGGAAGAUUCCAUGAAUCAAGCGGGGCUUCCAUGAAAUCAGCCAUGAAGACGACAUGAAUCUAGCUAUUUAAAGAGCCUUCCUCCUC